UUGCUUACUCAUAAUCUCUUCUCCUUUUUAUGUCACCAUUUCUCUCUCUCCUCAGAGAAGAAAUGUGGGAUCAUCAGUUCCACAAAUCAUGACUUCCUUCUUCAGCCUUAAACUCCAUUUACACUCCGCAAUUUUCAUCGUUCUUACUUUUCUUGCAGUUCAGGGUUCCGGCAUAAACGCCGACGGUCUUCUUUUACUGUCUUUCAAAAACUCCAUUCUCAGCGACCCUUUACAAGCACUACGAAACUGGAACUCCACCGACCAGACACCGUGUUCUUGGACCGGCGUCUUUUGUAGCAACACCAAUGGCGGCGGCGGUGAGGGCGGGUCUCGUGUUACAGCUUUGUCUCUUCCUAGUUCUCAGCUCGUCGGUUCGAUACCGUCAGAUCUGGGUUCCAUUCAACACCUCGAAAGCCUUGAUUUGUCCAACAAUUCACUUAAUGGGUCGGUUUUAGAAUCGGUUUUCAAUGCGACGGAGCUUCGGUUUCUUGAUUUGUCGAAUAAUUUGAUGUCCGGUGCGAUGCCGGAAACUAUCGGACGGUUGCAAAGUUUGCAGUUUCUUAACCUUUCCGACAAUGAGUUAGGUGGGACUUUGCCUAAAACUCUUACUACUAUCCAGAAUCUAACUGUUGUUUCUUUGAAGAACAAUUAUUUUUCCGGUGAUCUUCCGGCUGGGUUUCGAUCUCUUCAAGUUUUAGACCUUUCUUCGAAUCUUAUCGAUGGUUCUUUGCCUAAGAACUUCGGCGGUGACAGUUUAACGUACUUGAACGUGUCUUACAACAGACUUUUCGGGAAAAUUCCGUCGCAAUUCGCCGAGAAAAUCCCUACCAAUGCCACCAUCGAUCUUUCCUUUAACAAUCUCACUGGAGAAAUCCCGGAUUCCGACGUGUUUAACAACCAAGAACCCAAAUCUUUCUCCGGGAAUCCUCAUCUAUGCGGGGAAAUAACAGGCCGUAGCUGUCCUAUAACUUCUUCACCGUCAUCUUCUCCUCCGGCGAUCGCAGCUUUUCCGAAAACAACAGAGUUUGCCGACACACCUGGUCCGUCACCCAUCGGUGAAAAACCACAACGAAACAGGCUUAAACCAGGAACCAUAGUAGCAAUCAUCAUCGGAGACACAGCAGGGAUUGGAUUUUUCCUCAUGGUUUUCUUCAUCAUCCACAAAUUAAAGAACAAAAAAAGAGUUGAAACCACCACAGUAACACAAACAGCUAACGACACAGUCAACGACAACUGGUCAACGACAUCAUCGUCGUCGGAAUCCAGAGGGUUUACAAGAUGGUCGUGUUUGAGGAACACAAAAGAAGAGUACGAUGAAGAAUCUGAAACCCCUUCUGAAGAAGAUCAAAGUCAAGGUAAUCAACGGCAGGGAAUGCAUGAACAUGAUAAAAAAGGUACAUUAGUGACCGUGGAUGGCGAAAACCAGCUCGAACUCGAAACUUUACUUAAAGCGUCAGCUUACAUUUUAGGUGCCACGGGGUCGAGUAUUAUGUACAAGGCGGUGCUCGAAGACGGGACUUGUUUAGCGGUUCGAAGGAUCGGGGAGAAUAGUGUGGUUCGAUUUAAAGACUUUGACACUCAAGUUCGAGUUAUCGCCAAAAUGGUGCACCCUAAUUUGGUCAAGAUUCGAGGGUUCUAUUGGGGAGUCGAUGAAAAGCUUGUUAUUUACGAUUUCGUCCCAAAUGGCAGCGUCGCCAACUCGCGUUACAGAAAAGUUGGCUCGUCACCUUGUCAUCUUCCAUGGGAGGCUCGGCUAAAGAUAGCCAAAGGUGUUGCACGAGGGCUAGCUUAUCUCCAUGACAAGAAACACGUACAUGCCAAUUUGAAGCCGAGCAACAUUUUGUUAGGCCCCGACAUGGAACCGAAGAUCGGAGACUUCGGUCUCGAGAGGCUUGUAACAUGCGACACAAGUACCAAAGUCGGGGUCUCGGCUCGAAACUUCGGUAGCAAAAGGUCGACGGCAUCGAGAGACAGCCUCCAAGACCUAACUGGACCAAGUCCGAGUCCAAGCCCAAGCUCAUUCGGGUUAUCACCGUACCGAGCCCCUGAAUCUCUCAGGAUCCUCAAGCCUAACCCCAAGUGGGACGUUUACGCCUUUGGUGUCAUUUUCCUAGAGCUUCUAACGGGGAAAGUCAUAGUCGUGGACGAGUCGGGUCAAGGGAAUGGGAUCGUGAUCGAAGAUAAAAUCAAGGCGUUGAGGAUGGCCGAUGCGCCGAUCCGGGGCGAAUUAGAAGGCAAAGAAGAGGGAUUGUUGGCUUGUUUUACGUUGGGGUACAAUUGUGCUUCUCCAGUACCACAAAAGAGACCUUCAAUGAAAGAAGCCGUACAAAUUCUUGAUAAAAUCCCUUCUUCAACUUCAUUUUCACAACACUAUUUUGGAUACUGAUUUGAAAAAAAAAAAAUUCAACACAAAAUGGGAGAUUACAUUUGUAGACAACAGUGUAUGUAAUGAUUGACUUAUAGGGUUUUCUUUUUUAAUUUUUUCUUUUUAACUUUUUUUUUGUUUCAAAGUUUGUGUUUGGUUGGAAAUUGCAUAACAUCAUGUGUUGAACCUUUCUCCA